AUGGCCACAGAAAAACUUGAGCCAAUCCCCGUCUACCACGUGGUGGCCCUGCCUUAUCCCGGCAGAGGACACAUCAACCCCAUGAUGAACCUCUGCAAAUCACUGUCUUUAAAGAAACCCGACAACACCCUCGUCAUCACCUUCGUCGUCACGGAAGAGUGGCACGGCUUCAUCGGAUCCGACCCGAAAUCCGACAACAUCCGGUUUGCGACGCUACCAAACGUCAUCCCCUCCGAGCUGGUCCGCGCUAACGACUUUCCGGGGUUCUUUGAGGCCGUGAAUACCGCAUUGGAAGCUCCCUUCGAGCGGCUUCUGGAUGGGCUCGAGGCUGAGGCGCCUCCAGUGAGCGCCGUAGUUGCUGACUCUUUUGUUGACUGGGCCGUGAGGGUCGGGAACCGGAGGAAUAUUCCUGUGGCUUCACUGUGGACAAUGUCGGCGUCGGUGUUUACGGUGCUCCAUAGCUUUGAGCUGCUCAAACAGAAGGGCCACUUCCCUGCUGACUUGUCAGAGCGUGGAGAUGAGAUAAUAGACUACAUCCCUGGAAUCAACACCACAAGCGUUGCAGAUCUUCCCACAGUAUUCUUUGGAGACAAUCAUCAACAAGUCCUCCACAGAGCUAUUGAAACUGUUGCUCAAGUAGUAGAAAAAGCAAAAUAUCUUUUGUUCACUUCAGUCCAUGAGCUUGAACCUCAAGUCUUUGACACGUUCAAAACCAAAUUUGCUCUGCCUGUCUACCCUAUUGGCCCAACCAUACCUCAUUUUGAACUUUCUAAAAGUCUACCCAUAAAUCACAAUGAUGGCCUCGGUUAUCUAAAUUGGCUAGAUUCUCAGCCCAAACAGUCAGUCCUGUACGUCUCCCUGGGAAGCUUCCUUUCAGUCUCAAAAGCCCAAAUGGAUGAAAUUGUUGCUGGGGUGCAGAACAGUGGUGUUAGGUUCUUGUGGGUUGCUCGUGGGGAUGCCUCUAAGUUGAAGGAUGGUGUUGGUGAUAAGGGUUUGGUGGUGCCUUGGUGUGACCAAUUGAGGGUGUUGUGUCAUGAUUCUAUUGGGGGGUUUUGGUCACAUUGUGGUUGGAAUUCAAUUUUGGAAGCUGUUUAUGCUGGUCUUCCAAUUCUCACUUGUCCUAUAUUUUGGGACCAAGUUCCCAACGCUAAGCAAAUUGUGGAAGAUUGGAAGAUUGGAUACAGGGUAUUGAAGAAGAACGUGGGGGCAGAACAUGAACAUUUGGUGACCAGAGAGGAAAUUGCUGAACUUGUGCAGAGGUUUAUGGAUCUCGAAAUCAAGGAGGGGAAGGAGAUGAGGGAAAGAGCAAGACAACUUGAAGAGACUUGUCAUAGAGCAAUUGCUGAAGGUGGCUCAUCUGACACCAACCUUGAUGCGUUUAUCAAGGAUAUUUCACAAGGAGGUCACCAUUAUUUAUGUUCAUGA